GGAUGAUGUAGACCUUUCCAGGAAAGUAAACACACCAUUCAGUCAAGAUGGCCCCGCUCCCUGGGUUCCGAGUGGCAAUGCUUGUGUCGUUUUCAGUGUUUCUCACCGUACUGUUAGGUUUCGGGCUACCUGCUUUGCUAAACGCAGUUAUGAGGGUGUUAGGCCUCCCGGAGACCAGUGUAACCGAGUGUAUAGUCGUGCUUUACCUGCUUUUUGUCUUGUACGUUGCGACGCCUCGAAUUCCAAGAGGACAGGUGGAGGUAAUGUACUGUAUGGAGUGUCAUUUCCUGCAAAGAACCAAAACCAAAUGUCCCACGUAGGCUCCCGUAAACAACCAUAUUACAUUACGAAUUAUGAAGAAAAUAUGACAGCAUUGUGUUGUAUGUUAUGUGCGGGCUUACAUUUUAUGUGUGGCUCUGAAUUUAAAGGAUAACAAUACUAGUGCGGUAGUUAUGUCUUUGACCAGGAUUACUCGAUAUAAAAAUGAAUGUAGAUAUUGAACUUGAGCUAUUGUGCACAUGAACAGACGCCCUGUUAAUGUUCAUACGUGUGUUAAAGACAUUAAUCUACUUGUGUUAACUACUAAUAUUACAUUAGACUUCGUGUCUACAUCCAAAACGUUUAAUUCCUUUAGACCUAGAACACUAUCACUAACAUCAUAAUAAUUGAAAUUAGGCAUUCAUGAACAAAAAAAUUCCUACAAAAAAAUAAUAAUAAAAUAUAGAAAUUGUAAAGUUAGUUUCGUGAGUCUUCCCUUGCGGCAGGAGAGAGAACCAAAAUAUGGCAAAUUUUGAGUGAGUAAAAAUGACCCGCUGACUAAAAUAUUUCUUAUCACCAUGUGAAUUCCCUUAAAAAUCACUACUUUGUGAUAGUUAUUCAGAACCACUGCACUAAAUAAAGAUAGCAUGCAAAUUCCAGGACCACUCUUACUUACGUUAUUCCCUACAUGCAGCUAAAAAACGAAAUCCCCUCAAUAUACAAUGACUAAGUUAAACACACCUUAGCUAUGUGUUACUCACGAGCUGGGAUGCAAGAGACAUCAAUCCCACAACAAGAUGAUAGCUGUAGUCAAAGAAGGGAGGGUAAAUAUGGCAGUCUUGAGUGUUUCAGCCUUAAAAUGCAGCAAGAUCGCCUGCAUUUAUACACUUGGGUGAAAAUCACCCGAACACCAGCUGUAGGAAAAAGUGGGUUUUGGAUCAGGGAAACAAAUAUGCCUUCAAAGAUGUCAAAGGCAAUGCUGAGGCUACUCAGGGACCCAAGAUACUCAGACAAAUACAACAUAAUGAAAAUCACCUAAACAUGUCUGGUCGAGUGAAAAUCACCCAGUAAUAGUGUUCUAAGAUUAGAGUGUAAUCUGUGGUAGAAAAAAUUAAAAAUGACUUUAUUCUGCCCCUAUUUGCAGGUGAAGGGAAAAGCUGUCUUUAUCACAGGCUGUGACUGUGGAUUUGGUCAUGCACUUGCAAAACACUUGCACAAACUCGGCUUUACGGUCUUUGCUGGAUGUCUUCUUAAGGUACAGGUUGAAAUAUUAAACAGUUAUUCAUUUAAGAGACUCAUUGCAUGACUCUGCUCAGGAUGCAAUUUUGCGCAUUUCAGUUUAGUGUCGUGUCAUGUGAGUGUUAGUGUCAUGCAACUAAAAUAAAACACUGUCCUUGCAGGAUAAAGAUGGAGAAGGUGCGAAAGAGCUGGAAGAAUUUCAUUCAGACCGGAUGAAGGUAGUCCAGUUGGAUGUUUGCAGUGAUGAGCAGGUGAACCAAGCUGCACAAUACAUUAAAGACAACCUAGAGGACUCAGAAAAAGGUACUGUGCAAACUCUCUGUGCUGCCCUAUCACCUGUGUUUGCUAAGAAAAUCAUACACAGACUUUUCCCCCUCCAUGACAGUCUGUCAUAUGUCAUGACUCAGGUCUGUGGGCUGUGGUGAACAAUGCUGGUGUGUCAACAUUUGGAGAAGUGGAGUUUACAUCCAUGGAGACCUACAAACAGGUGUCAGAGGUCAAUCUGUGGGGCACCAUCAGGGUCACCAAAGCUGUCCUGCCACUGAUCCGCAGGGCCAAAGGUAAGAAGCUGGAGGGUGAAUCAAGAUUUUAUAUGUUACAUAUCAACAUGACAGAGUUCCAACAAUGGCAUAACUACAAAAACAGCUAAACUUGAAGGGAAAAGCACCUUGUUGUCACAUUUUUUCAGUGUCUUAGUGAUGGAUUAUGUGCAUUCUUAAGAAUACUAUUUGAGUAGAAAGCAUGCAAACACAGAAUAAGUAGUGCCCCAUGAUUUCUGCGAGGAAUGCUAAGAAUGUGGAUACAAAACUGAAACAAAUUAAAAGCAGGAAAAAUGAAGCUUGAAUUGUUGAUAGUAGAUUUAUUCAGACAGCACUAUUUCAGUACAGUGAAGUGCUUUAGUAGGAAAAUAAAACUACAAUUACAUGAUGGGGUUAAAUUUAAAAUGAGUUAUCAAAAUUAUCAUUGCACCAUAUUUUUCAGUUUAAAGGGAUAUUCCAGCGUAAAAUUAAUUUAGGGUCAAACACAACGUAAUAUAGAGUUAGACACCCCCUCUAGAGAUGAAUGUUGCCGACCGCUUGCUUCUCUAGUUAGACCAACUUUAGUAACGACCGCAGGAUAGCAAGACACCGCGGUCUGAGGAGCCAUAAACAAACCUCAACCAAAACGCCACUCUAUAGCCACAAAUAAUGCUCAGAACAGCACCUAACUUCAUCAACAGAACAUAUAAGGUCCUAGCCAUAGUACUAGCCACCAAACAUCUUUUUAACUUUGCCUGAUUUCUUUAGCAAAGAGACUAAACACAACUCACCUACUCUCUUCCAGCAGCCGCUUGUUUGUAGCCUCAGGCUAGUCCAUUACGGACUACAGCGGGGUGACGCACCUCAAGGAAGAACAUUUAUGAUUAUUACUUUAUCAUUUCCUUGAAGUAAUAAUCACCAUAUUAAUCAUUUUGCACUGCAGACGCGGUAGUUUUUCUGCCUUAGCGUAUCGGUCUGAUUGCAUUUUCAUGAAGUUAGUUGAUGAAGUUAGGUGCUGUUCUGAGCAUUAUUUGUGGCUAUAGAGUGACGUUUUUGGUUGAGGUUUGUUUAUGGCUCCUCAGACCGCUGUGAACUGCUAUCCUGCGGUUGUUGCUUAAGUUGGUAUACUUAAAGUAGCAAGCGGUCGGCAACAUUCAUCUCUCGAGGGGGCGUCUAAGUCUGUGUUACGGUAUGUUUGAAUUUGAAUUAAUUUUACGCCAAAAUAUCCUUUUAAGGACACUCUUGUUUUAUGAGAAAUUUCCUCAGAUUUUUGGUUGCAGGAGGCAAAAUUUUAGGCUCAUGAUUACAUUUCUGUCUGUGAAAUCUCUGCAGGUCGUGUUGUGAACAUCGCCAGCAUGUAUGGGAGGAUGGGAAAUGUCAUGCGCUCUCCUUACUGCGUGUCGAAAUACGGUGUUGAAGCUUUUUCUGAUUGCCUCCGCUAUGAGAUGAAAUCCUGGGGUGUGAAAGUUUCCAUAGUUGAGCCGGGGAACUUUAUCGUGGCUACUGGCAUCCUCACCCGGGACAUUGUCGCCAGCACGGCCAACAAGCUGUGGAACGAAGCCCCCUCUCAGGUGAAGGAGGAUUAUGGGAAAGCCCACUUUGAGCAGCUCAUGGCUCUGAUGCGCUCAUACUGUAACAGCGGGCAGAAGAGCAUGGCUACUGUUUUGGAUGACAUCAGUGAUGCCCUCAUCUCCAAACGUCCGUACACACGAUACUCCCCCAUGGAGCCACACUGGUGGAUCAGGGUGCAGAUGAUGACACAUCUGCCUGGCGCUAUAUCUGACUUUCUCUACCUCUGAAAGAGAAGCUUGUCUUAGUUAGCUCCCUCUGUUACUGCCCUUGAAUCUCAGAUAGCAGUAUUUUAUUUAGACUAUUUAGCACUACACAGAUCCACAGAUUCAUCCUGAAGAAGGAACUCUGCUCUGUGUUCCUCAGCACUUGAAACCAUUCACUGACCAAGCCUUAAAACCUUUAAAAGUGAGAUUAUUGCACUUUGUUGUUUGUAUGUCUGAUAAAAAACAAUAACUUUACGCGUUGGUUUACAUUCUGUGUUAAGUCGUAACAACUUGGUGUUGGAUAUCAGCAGGGUUAAGACUCGCUCUUAGCUGUAAAUAAUGCAUCUUAGUUGCUUGCUGUGAUAUUAUGUUACAUCCCCUAAUGCUUCUAUCCUCCCUUCCUGGUAUUGAAAUAUUUGCCUCAUGGGAAUCAUUCAGAGAGACCCUGGUGUGAGGACUAAAGCUGGUAGAGCUCCAGAGAAGAAGAGCUGCCUGCUGUUUUGUUGUGGUAGACGCCGGAACAAACCGAGGUCAGCUGUAGGAACGCCGUGGUGAGAUCCAGCUCGGCUCGUCCAAAAGUUACAUAACAGAAACACAAACACACUUUGUCUGAAAUGUGUAGAGAUCAUGAAUGCUAUUUGAACAGUGAAGUUGAUUGAUGUAAUUAAUGGGGCAUGGUUAAAGAAAAAGUUCUACCCCCAUCUUUCUCGCUGGAAAAGUAUUUUGUAUUCAAGGAUGUGAAAGGAACUUUUAUAUGGAAAAAAAAAUUAAAGAAAAGUAUUAUUUUUCAAGAAUGAAUUAAAUAAAGCAACCAAAAAGUAA